AUGGCCUACCUCGACUCCCAGAAAUACACCCCCGCCGAGGAAACUGAGAUCCAAUCCUGGCUUUCCAAGGCCUCCUCCGUGUCUCCCGAUAACUCCUCCCUCCUCGACGAGAUUAACAAUACCCUCGCCACCCGCACCACCGCCCUCGGCACCAAGCCCUCCAAAGCCGAUAUUGCUCUGUAUGAGUCCCUCGCGCCCCUCGUCAAGUCCUGGGGCCCCGAGCAGCGCACCGGCGAGCACGGCCACCCCAACAUUGUUCGCCUCGUCGACUUUGUGCAAAACUCACCCUUUUUCGGGCUCGACGUCAAGCACAAGGUCGAGGUCGAUGUUGAGGAUAUUCGCUAUGUCAAGCCCGUCGUUGACGCCAAGGCCGAGAAGGAGAGGUUGAAGAAGGAGAAGGCUGCUGCUGCUGCUGCUGCCGCCGCCGCUGGUGGUAACGCUGAGCAAAAGACCCUCGUCGACCGCACAAAGGAGGCUGCCCAAACAGUCGUUGAAAAGGCCGUCGAAGCCAAGAACACCGUUGUCGAGGCUGUCACUGGCGACGCUGCCGCCGCCGCUGGUGCCAAGCCCCAAAAGCAAAAGAAGGAAAAGAAGGAGAAGAAGGGCCGCGAGCCCGCCCCUCCCCCACCUCCCCAGGUCCUCUCGCCGUGCCUGAUCGACCUCCGUGUUGGCCACAUCCUCAAGGCGAUCAAGCACCCCGAAGCUGACUCCCUUUAUGUCUCCACCAUCGCCAUGGGCGACAAGCCCGGUACCGACGACACCACCGAAGUCGACGGUCAAAUCUGCCGCACUGUCUGCUCGGGUUUGAACGGGUUGGUUCCUCUUGAGGAGAUGCAAGGCCGCAAGGUGGUGGUGGUGUGCAACCUUAAGCCGGUCAAGAUGAGGGGCAUCAAGAGCAGCGCCAUGGUGCUGGCUGCCUCGCCCAAGAUCAAGGAGGGAGAGGUGGACGAUCACAAGGGCCCCGUCGAGCUGGUCAACCCACCUGCCGAUGCCAAGGCUGGCGAGAGGGUCUACUUUGAGGGGUGGGCCGGCGAGCCGGAGAAGGUGCUGAACCCAAAGAAGAAGAUUUGGGAGACGUUCCAGCCUGGGUUUACGACUACGGACGACUUGGAGGUUGCGUUUGAUGCGGGGGUUGUGGAGGCGCUGGAGGGGAAGACGGGGUUGGGCAAGUUGGUGACGGAGAGCGGAGGGGUUUGCAAGGUGAAGAGCUUGACGGGUGCGCAGGUUAGGUAA